CGUAUCUCGGCAUCCUGGUUUCUUUUGGAGAACUUGCGUCUUCCGCGCUCGUCCUCGUCUUAGCUGGCUUAGAUGUCGUUCCGCGUGCCCGAACUUCCGCCUUUCAGAGGCUCGUUCUCUGCGACACCCCGUCGUGACACCUUUGAGCCCCAGCCCCCGCUCUCUGCGCCUCUUAGAUCGUCUGCUUGGUCUUCGUCGCAGCACCAACAUCAUUCCCCGACUACCGCUGCUGCUGCUGCUGCUGAUGCCGUCGCAUCGUCCCUCCCAGCUCCGUACGCGCGGAGCCACACCAUGAGCAACGCCCCCAUACCCGCCACCCACAGACUUCAUCCCUCUCUCGUCGACGUUCCCAACUCCACCCACCAGCCCGGCUCGAUGUCACCUCCCUUACCAGGUCCAAUUCUACACAACGCGCAUCUCUCCCUACCUAUAUCACCCCGUUCCCGCACACGUUCCGAGCCCGUCAAUCUACGCCACACGUCGACGAACUUCGGACCAUGGAGCGUCGAUUUCGAUUCGGAUUUGAGGGCUGAGUUGGAGAGGAUCACGCCUGCGGAGGCGCAGAGGAAGAUUAUGGCUGCGCGGGUGGCUUAUGGUCGUGUGACAGUCAGUCGGAAUGCGAAUCAGAGUCAGAGUGGCGCGAAUGUGAAUGCGAAUGGGGGUGGUGGGGAGGAUAGGAGUAGGAGGAUUGAGAAGAUUAGGGAGAGUUUGGUGGAGUCGAGGGUGAGGAAGGAGAAGGAGAAGCAGCAGCAGGAGAGAAAGAGGUCGAGGGCUGAGAGUAUGAGUGCUGGGACUGCUGUUGAGGCGUUGAGCUAUAAGCGUAGGAAGGAGCAACCUGAGAUCCAGCCUAGAAAUAGUCCCCUUCAAGUCCCGGAGAACUUCAGGAGAAACGCUCCUAGGAGGGAGAUCAAGGACCCGAAGGAAUGGAUCUCGAGACUCUCGGACGUGGUGACUGAAGAGUGGAUGAAGGCGAAGCGGGAGCGUAAGGAUAUGGGAGAGAACGUCGAGCAAGAGUUGGUCGAUCGUGUGGUCAGCGUGGUGGAGAGUCAUCAGUUGGAGGCGAAUAUGGAUGGGAUGGUGCUCUUGUGCGAGAUCAUCGACGAGCUGACGAGGCGGGGAGUGAUGGCCAGCUCGGAUUGA